CGAAGACAUCGGCGCGUUACUAACGGUUGACGGUUAAAUUUUAAUUUUAAUAAUAAAUCUUUAUAUAUAUAAAAAAAAAAACGAAAAAUCUACAAAUUUAUAAAACAAAAAUAUUAUUUCAAUAAAAAAACAACAAAAUUAAGGAUUUAUAUUAUUUAAAUUUUUGUUUAACAAGAAAUUAUUAGAUUAUUUGUGAGACAAAAUGUUGAAACUGCUCUCUCUAGCGACACUUCUAACAUUUUCGAUUACUAUUGCGGCUGCGGGUAAUGUUGAUGGUUAUCACUAUGAUAAGCCAACAAUAUCAUUAGGUUUGGUAUCACAUCCCACAAAUCUAGCACAUGGUCAUAGUUUUGGUCCAUUACCAACAACACAACCCUUACCACCAGUUCCUUCUAUACCAGCACUACCUACAGCACGUGCUAACAAAGGUCCAAUUGUACAAACACGAACAUUAUUGCAAACCCAUCCAGCUACAACGACAACCCAAAUAGUACCAAGCACUUAUUUACCCUCACCCGGUACAGCUGUAACUAAAAUAGCACAACAAUAUCAAACGCCAGGUCUACAAUCACCACCAUCACGUCCAGCUACAUCCACACCAUCAGCACCUGCUGUGCGUUCUACAACUAAUGGAUUUGGCUUUUCAACACGCUCUACCGUGGGUACCAGUCUGAAUCCAACUGUGCAUAAACCAGCACCUCCACCAAGUCAACCUUUGCGUGUGCCCUUCGGUAAACAGUAUGCUGUUAUUGAAAUUAUCGAUAAUGACCUUGAACAAAAUAAUCAACCUUUCUUGAGCUCACCAUUUAUUGAUACCUUCCGUGCUCAUAUAGGAGCCUCCGGUACAGGUGCCACACCUGGUCCUGUUGGUGGUAUACAAAUCGGAACUAGAUCUGGAGCUAAUCUAUUAGGACAACAGCGUUCAUCUGCUCAAAGCUCUUCCGGUGAUGCUGUAGCAUUGGGUUCGGGUGGUUUGGGCUUUAUUCGCCUUGCUAAUGGCAAUGUUUAUUUAGGUUCUGGUUCCUUGGGCUACAUUAGUGGUCAACAACAUUCUCAAGAAAUUAAUGAGGCUCGCACACGUACGGGGGCACCACAGCCAGAUCCUUUACAUUUUGGUCAUGGUGCUUUGGGUACUCCACCAUUUCACAGAUUUGUUUAUAGAUUUUAAUAAAUAAGUACUAACAAACUUAAGCUAAUUGAACACAUACAUACAUACAACCUAAUAAUUGUUAAAUAUAUAAAUAUAAUUGUCCAAUUCACAAUCGAUGUUGUACUGUUGUUAAGUUGUAUAUCAUAAAAUGUUUUGAAACAUAAACAAAUCAAAAACAAAAUAAAUACAACAUACUACGAUACAACCGUGAAUUGGACAAAUAUUUUUCUUUGUAAACUAUUGACUUAUCUGUAAAAUAAAACUAUUACUUUAUACAUCUUUACAAUAAUUUUAUACAAAUGUACAUAAAAAUAGUUAGUUAUGACAGUAUGUAAAUAAUAAUGAGCCAAUAUUUCUUUUACAUAAACAAUUUAUCUGCUUGUUUUUAACUUGUACGAAGAUAUGUUUGUUUUAUAUGGAUUUUAUUUUUAAUAAAAUGAAAAAUUUGUUAAUAAAAUUUUAAACACGAA